GUGGUGGAAGUAACUAUGAGGUAUUUCGAGGCACUCACACGGAACAGCUCUAUACAUGUAGCCUGGGGUCCUUCAGAGCAACACCCUUCCAAGAUGGCAGCCAACAGUAGCAGCACGGGCAGCAAACCCAGCAACAGCGCCGGUGGAAAACCGUCCGGCCCGUCAGCCGAGCAGGUGGUGGCAACGUUUCAGAGGAUGCGUCAGGAGCAGCGCGGUAUGGCCUCUAAAUCUGCAGAGUUGGAGAUGGAGAUCAACGAGCACAGUUUAGUAAUUGACACCCUGAGGGAAGUGGACCCUACGAGGAAAUGCUUUCGUCUAAUAGGAGGAGUGUUGGUGGAGCGGACGGUAAAAGAAGUUCUACCAGCCCUGGAAACCAACAAAGAACAGAUCUCCAAAAUAAUCGAGACCAUCAACACACAGAUGCAGACGAAAGGCCGCGAGCUGACGGAGUACAGGGAGCGCUACAACAUCCGGCUGAUGGGAGAGGGUGAAGGAGAGGCUCAAGGCCAGUCGGCAGUGUCUUCCAGUAACAGCGAGGGGGGCGGGUCUAAAAGCGGAGCUGGCGUUUUAGUGUCGUAGUUUGUGAUGAAGGGCCUUUAUGAUUUCUGCAGUACUGAAAACAUGUUUGGAACGAUGAAAUCUAGGGUUCAAAAUUGGAACUUUUCACAGGAAAACAUUGGUUUUGAUUAAAUUUCUGCUUAACAUACUUCACUUGGUGUUGAAGUUCUUUGCAACCGACACAAACUCACUAUACAUGGUGUUGUGUGUGUAACAACCGAGGCUGUUUGCCUUUUAGUUUUUAUUUCUGAAAUAUUGUGGCGUAAAUUAAACAAUUACAUUUCAAGUGCUUGUUUUAGUCUCACUCUCAUUUACACCUGAGCAAAUACAUAUUUUACUGUCUCAGAUUACAGAAAAUAAUUUCCCCAUAUUAAGAUAUAAUUCCCAAAGGUGCUAUGUUAAAGAUUAAAGAUUCACAGUAAAAAAUAAAAGUCAAAUGCCUAAAACAUACUGAGUGCACAUGGUUAUUAAAUUAAAAGCUACAUCACAGUGCAUUUUUAAGUCAACACGCAUUAUUUAGACUUACCAUUUUGAACUAACAGCUUCAAAAUUAGAUGGAAAAAAGCUGAUUUCACAGGAUCCUUAAGUAGGUUGAGCUUUUCAAAAACAUCUGUUAUGAGCAUCAACAAGAGAUUAUACCGUUAACAUGUCACUAUACAUCAAAAUGAAUGUGUCACGACACAUCAAAUUGUCUCCACACGUCAGCCGGAUACAGAACAGCUGGUUUGAAUUCGUAAUGUGAGGUCAGUUAGUGAGUGACCAGAAGUCAGAGCUACCACCACAAUAUUUAAUGAAACCACUGAAAACACAAUGGAAGUUGUCCUAUUCUUUCUGAUCUGCAGCACAUGCUUGAGCUCGGUUAAAUUCAUUUGUUGCGGCCAAGGACCUGAUGUGUGCUGUCUGCACGGUUCAAGUCGUAGUUAAGACAAACAUGUUUUUGUUGAUGAUUCAUGAAUAAAAGAAUGUCACAAUUGUG